UCAAUUCAAAUCAGGUUGGCAGGGAAGGUCGCGUUGAUCACCGGCGGAGCAAGCGGCAUCGGGGCCAGCACCGCCGCGCUGUUCGCCCGAAACGGCGCGAAGGUCGUAAUCGCCGACGUCCAGUCCGAUCUGGGACACUCCGUCGCCGCCUCGCCGCACCACCCCGCCGCCGUCACCUUCGUCUGCUGCGACGUCACCAAGGAAAGCCAGGUCGCGAGCGCGGUGGACGGCGUCGUUUCGGCCCACGGGAAGCUGGACAUCGUCCUCAUCAACGCCGGCGUACCGGGCGACCCGGCCGGGAACCGGAUCGCCGCCGCGGACGAGGACGAUCUGCGGCGGGUGUUCGACGUCAACGUGUUCGGCGGGUUCUUGUGCGCCAAGCACGCAGCCAGGGUGAUGAUUCCGGCGAAGAAAGGAGGGGUGAUUCUGUUCACGGCCAGCGUGCUGACGGAGACUUACGGCUUCUUCGCCCACGCCUACACGUCGUCCAAGCACGCGGUGGUCGGGUUGAUGAAGAACCUGUGCGUGGAGCUGGGAGAGUAUGGGAUCCGGGUGAGCUCGAUUUCGCCGACGGGGGUGCCGACGCCGAUGGGGAUGAAGAGCUUGGGACUGGAUCGAGAGGGCGUUCAGGAUCUCUGUUCGGAGAAGGCGGCCCUGAAAGGCGUGGCUCUGGAUGAGAACGAUGUUGCGGAGGCUGCUCUGUUUCUUGCCGGCGAUGAGUCCAAGUUCGUGAGCGGGGUGAACCUCGUGGUGGAUGGUGGCUUCAACUUGAGAAGCGCCUAGCUGAGCCUUGUAGCUUCAUCUUCUAAUAAUAAUGAGGGUUGUUAGCCAUGGUUUGAGUAGCUGGUCAUGACACGGAGGGUAUGUUGUGAUAGAAGUAUAAUAUUCACGGUGGGGGAAGUGAAGCCAAGUAGAUUGGUGUCAACCUUUAUUAAUAAAAAAGAGGAAUUUAUUAUUAGUCAGAAUGAUAGAUGACUAACUUCUCCA